AUGUCGGUGGCGUUCGCACCUCACAGACAGCGUGGGAAGGGUGAUAUUACUCCCGCCGGAAUACAAAAGCUACUUGAUGAAAAUAAUCACUUGAUUCAGAGCAUUAUGGACUUCCAGAGCAAGGGCAAAACAACAGAAUGUUCACAGUAUCAACAAAUACUGCACAGAAAUUUAGUGUACCUGGCCACAAUAGCAGACUCAAAUCAGAACAUGCAGUCUCUCCUCCCAGCACCACCCACUCAAAACAUGUCAAUGGGUCCUGGUGGGAUGAACCAAAGCGGAGGUCCACCUCAGCCAAGUCACGGUCAUAACAUGCCCUCGGAGGGUAUGGUUGGCUGCGGUCCCCCGGCCCCUCACAUGCAGAACCAGAUGAAUGGACAGAUGCCUGGGCCCAAUCACAUGCCUAUGCAGGGCCCCGGUCCAGGUCCUAACCAGCCCCCUAACAUGCCUGCCGGCUCUAUGAACAUGCCUCCAAGCAGCCACGGCUCGAUGGGCGGCUACAACCAUGCUGUCCCUUCGUCGCAGGGAAUGCCGGCACAAAGCCAGAUGAACAUGACGCAGGGUCAGCCCAUGGGCAACUACGGACCGCGACCCAAUAUGAACAUGCAGCCCAGUCAAGGCCCCAUGAUGCACCAGCAGCCUCCCUCCCAGCAGUAUAACAUGCCUCCAGGCAGUGGUGGGCAGCACUACCAAGGCCAGCAGAACCCAAUGGGCAUGAUGGGCCAGGUUAACCAGGGCAAUCAUGUCAUGGGGCAGAGGCCGAUGCCCCCGUAUAGACCGCCUCAGCAAGGACCCCCUCAGCAGUACCCAGGGCAGGAAGACUACUAUGGGGACCAGUACAGUCACGCAGGACAGGGAGCCUCAGAAGGUAAUGCCCAGUACGGCCAACAGCAAGAGGCCUAUCAGCAAGGUCCCCCACAGCAACAGGGGUACCCCCCUCAGCAGCAGUACCCGGGUCAACAGGGCUACCCACCGCAACAGCAGGGCUAUGGUCCUUCCCAGAAUGCCCCUGGACAGUACCCCAACUAUCCCCAGGGGCAGGGACAGCAGUACGGUGGCUAUCGCCCCCCUCAGCCAGGUCCCCCGCAGGGCCAGCAGCAGCGCCCUUACGGCUAUGACCAGGGCCAGUAUGGAAAUUACCAGCAAUGA